AUGCAACGUCGUUCUGUUCCUCGUACCGAUCCUCGGUAUAAUCAAAUUCGUGCAAGAAAUAACGAUAGCGUGAAACGCUCACGAGAAAAAUCUCGUCGUGAACGUGAUGAAACAGUCGAAGCUAUAAGUCAGCUCGAAGAAGAAAAUAAGCAACUAGUCGAACAAAUCCAAACCAUGAAACGAGAGUUCGAUCAACUACAAGAUUUAUUCAAACAGCAUACGGGAAUAGCCGUAGAUCAGCUAUUAUCGUCAGAAACGAACUCAACUGAGUCGCAAUCGAAAGUAACUUUGCCUCCUCCUCCUUCUUCGCAAUCAUCUUCAUCACAACCUGUUCUAACAAUUAAUACAAAUGAAGUCCAGACAAAUGCAGCAACAUCAGAUGCUCAACUUGACCCAACUACGCUCGACGGAGCGAUCGUUUUAAUAAACGGUGUUCAAUAUAAGAUUGUUAGCAUGAAUAAAAACUAA